CACAAUAUUUACUGCAGCAACUGUCUGCUCUGAUUGGCCACUGUGUGCAGGCAGAAAAUUGCUUCACUUGCAAAGCUAAUUUUAGCCUCCUCUAAAGAGCUCUCUCUUUAUCUAUAAAAUCACAGCUAUCGGUAUUUUGCUAGCCUGUGCCGGAUGAGGAGCCGAUUGCAUUGACUGCCUGCUUGCAUGGCAAUGGUUAACUGAGCGUGUGAAAUUGUGCUUACUUCGACAAAACCACUGCAGUGAGAAGGAGAAAACAAUGAAUGGGUGGAGAUGAACAGCCUGUGAGAGAAGCGCUGUGCAUUCUGGCUAGUGCAGUCCAGGCUGCAAGGAGAAUCUGAGGACUGCAACAGCCUCUGGGAUCUGCAUUCAAACUGAGCAUCAACCUUCCAUUGAAAGGAGAAUCUCUUCCACACGAAAGGUCUGCUUUUCAGUACCUGAGACAUGACCAGUAACCAGGCUAGCUUACAGGACGAUCAGAGCAGGCACUGCAAGUUCCUAUCCUAUAUGUUCUACCAGGCUGUCAGAGAUCACAAGCCUGUGUGGAUGCUUGAAGAUAUGAGGACUAUGGAGUAUUUUUACUGGGAGGAAAAUGCCAGCUUGAGGACUUAUUCUCCUUCGGAAGCCCUGCUAUAUGCAGUGGUGCACAAUCAUCUGCCUUAUGCCCAGUAUCUACUGUCUCAUUUUCCAGAGGAGGCUCUCAAAGUCCCUGGAGAACAUUUCUGCUGUUGCCCAUCCUCUGCCCCUCAUCUGGCCAUGGCUGUAACAUAUGACAGGAGAGACAUUUUGGGGCUGAUCAUCAGCAUUGCACACAAACUGCCUAAUUUGAACUCCUACAUCAACAGAACCGGCUGCUUUCAUCUGGAAGAUGGUAAGACCCCUCUGCAUCUUGCCUGUGAGCUUCUGAGGUCUGAGACAGUCCUCAUCCUCCUAGGAAAUGGGGCCUCUCCCAGGAUAGAGGACAGUAAAGGGCUCACCCCACUGGAUGUCAUCCUGGAGCAGAUGUGGGAGUCCAGAGUCAACGCAGCAUCCAAAAAGCUCUGCCUUGAUUACCUCUUGUUAUUUAUGCCGAAUCCCCGGUUCAAGAUGCGUGGAUUCCUACGAGAACACCCAGAGCACUGGGCACUUCUGCUAGGGGAGGACAAGUUCAACAGCCUGGUGGGGAACAUACCUGCAUCCUUAUACCUGCAAGCUAUGCAAACUAUUCUCCAGACUCUCCCACCUUCCCAUUUUCCUAAAAGCAUCCAGGAACUCCCUAUACCUCAGGCACUGAAGCCCUUGCCCUGUAUGGGCAAACAACAUCCAACAAAAGAUGUGAUUAGGUGCAGUUUGUCAUACAAGGAUGAGUCAACUUGUACCUUCUAAAAAGAUCUUCUACCAUAAAACUAAUGAAGGCAGCAUUUGUGAUUAAAGGACCUCAGGUAGUGAGUACUGGGAAAGACUGUUGUGUGUGUAAGACCCUGGAGAUCUGCAGUCUGGUAGAGUAAGGGAGACAAUACUGAGCUAGAUGGACCAACAGUCUGGUUCUGUUUGAGGAAGCUGCAUG